AUGACAAAUGUUUUAAAUAAUAUUACUUAUCAAACGAUAUUGAAGAUUUCUACCAUGGUUCGUUACGGCUUUACUACCUAUUCGAGUACCGAUGUUGCGGCGGAUCAAAAUUUGUUUGUCCGUCCGAUUAAAUCAAAACAUCCAAUUGGCCCAUGUGCAAUUAUAUAUUCGAGUGGUACAGCAGGAACUCCGAAAGAUUUGUCUGAAGACGCUAGGAAAUCAGCUUUAAUCUCGUUCAAGCAGUCAUUAACGGAAGAACCUAUUGAAAACAAAUUUAGGACCGCUUCUCCUAUAUUUUGGUACACGGGAAUUGAAUUAAUGAUGAUCGGUAUUCAUUCUGGCAAACCAAGACUAUUAUUCUCGACAAAACCAACCACUGAACAAAUACUUGAUUCAAUAGACAAAUGUCAAGCAACAUUUUUAAUGACUGGUGUAGCUGCAAUCAAUGAAAUGAUGUCCUGUCAAAUGGCAAAUGACCACAAGUAUAAUAUCCAGAGUUUAACGACAUUCGUACUUGGUGGGUCUCCGAUAUCGUUAGCUCGGAUGGAAACUGGCGAAUGUUUAGGCCCCGAUACUAAAAGCGAUAUUCGUAUUAAAUCGGUGUCCAACGGGAUGGGAUAUGUCAACAACGACAUGAAAAAAAAAACGAUUUGUUCGUACGUUGAGGACGGUUGGUUAAGCAGCGAUGAUGUUGUAUACUAUACAGACGAUUGCUGUUUGUUCAUUGUCGGUCGGAUUAAAUUGUUGAUGAUUUACAAGGUCCAGAGUGUACGAUGA